CUCCACCCACAACAUCCCACCAACCAUUUCCAUUUUUAUAUAUUAUUUUUAUCAUUAUAUAACAUAUUAUCUAUUACCUAUUACACAUAUAUAUACUCACUCCUACACCUGUACACCAAAUAUAUUUAUCUGUGCCAAAGAUUCUGAAUUAGGUUCCAAGAAUACCAUUUUCAAGAAAAAGGAACGUUUUUAGCUUUUGAAUCAACAUAUACAAAGAUGAGGGGAGGGGGACUGUGGCAACUUGGUCAAUCAAUUACUCGUCAAUUAGCUCAGGCUAAUAAGAAGACUAUCACUCGUCGAUGCUUUGCAUCCGAAGCUGAUCUGAAGAAGACAGUUCUGUAUGACUUCCAUGUCUCCAAUGGGGGAAAGAUGGUGCCUUUUGCUGGCUGGAGCAUGCCAAUCCAGUACAAGGACUCAAUUAUGGACUCUACAUUAAACUGUAGGGAGAAUGGCAGCCUUUUCGAUGUUUCUCAUAUGUGUGGUUUAAGUCUCAAAGGGAAGGACUGCAUACCAUUUCUUGAGAAGUUAGUGGUUGCCGAUGUUGCUGGUCUUGCACCCAGGACGGGGACUUUGACAGUUUUCACAAAUGAGAAGGGAGGUGCAAUUGACGAUUCGGUGAUAACUAAGGUGACAAAUGACCACAUAUACCUGGUUGUUAAUGCAGGAUGCAGAGAUAAAGAUCUUGCCCAUAUUGAGGAACAUAUGAAGUCAUUCACAUCGAAAGGUGGUGAUGUCGCUUGGCACAUCCAUGAUGAGCGGUCCCUUUUAGCCCUCCAGGGUCCCCUUGCGGCCCCAGUUCUACAGCACCUGACAAGAGAUGAUUUGAGUAAGGUUUACUUCAGUGACUUUCGCAUCUUGGAUAUCAAUGGUGUUUCCUGCUUCCUUACGAGAACCGGGUAUACUGGUGAAGAUGGCUUCGAAAUUUCAGUUCCUUCAGAGCAUUCUGUUGAUCUUGCUAAAGCUAUUCUGGAGAAAUCGGAUGGUAAGGUACGGUUGACAGGUUUAGGUGCCCGAGACAGUCUUCGACUCGAAGCUGGAUUGUGUUUAUAUGGCAACGACAUGGAGCAGCACAUAACACCAGUGGAGGCAGGACUUACAUGGGCCAUAGGGAAGAGACGAAGGGCAGAAGGAGGUUUCCUCGGUGCUGAAGUAAUACUCAAACAAAUCGAAGAGGGCCCAAAAAUAAGGCGAGUUGGUUUUAUCUCUUCAGGUCCCCCAGCCAGAAGUCAUAGCGAGGUUCAAGACGAUAAAGGACAAAACAUAGGAGAAGUCACCAGCGGAGGAUUUAGCCCCUGCCUAAAGAAGAACAUAGCCAUGGGGUACAUAAAAUCUGGACAACACAAGGCGGGGACGAAAGUUAAGGUUGUGAUUCGGGGAAAGUCCUAUGAUGGACUUGUCACGAAAAUGCCAUUUGUACCCACAAAGUACUACAAGCCAUCCUAAUUGUAUGUUGAUUCUUGAAGUUUUUCGAAUUCCCUACUGUUACCUUUGCCUUUCUUGGUGAACUGAUUGUGUUGCAAUCAAAUCUGAUGGGUGCAAUUAAAGGUGUUUUAUGAGUUGCAUGCCAAGUUAUUUUCUUCAUGUAUGUUUAUCUUCUAGAUGUGUUGAUUAGUGGACACAAUAGAUCAAGUCGUACAUUGGACAAGAUUUUAAUUUUUAUUUUUAUUUUUUAA